AUGGUGAAGCGUUGGUAUCAUUUGUCAGAUCUUCUGCUCCAGGCAACUCCAAUCCAGCACUGUAUCAUCUUCCCAGCUCUGGUAGAAGACCCUUUUAUGGCGCAGUGUGCCAUAAAAGACAGGCCGGUAGAAGGUCGACUUGUGGUUGUGCCAAUUGUUGUGCCUUAUUCAGAAACUUUGCUGCUCUAUGCCGUCAUCAACGCGGACAGUGCUCGCGUCCAUUGGGCGAAUGGACGUCGGACACAGCCGAGUCGUCUCAUCAUCGUAUUUAGGACAUGA